UCAAUACCAAAAUAUAUCAUUCCAAGAGUUUUGAAUUGCAAUUGUGAACUAUCAUGGCACUGGAUUCUACAAUUGUUUCCUUGCUAAAAUUAUUAGUAUUUUUUUAUUGCCUCAGUUUGUUUUGCGUAAAUGCAACAUCCUACCGAGAAGUGCUACCAAUGGGGCAGAAAAUAAGAAAUUCAGACACACUUGUUUCAAAAGGUGGGAACUACGAACUGGCAUUUUUCACUAGAAACAGAGAGAACUCGACCAAGUACUACGUAGGUAUACGGUUUAAAAAGGUACCAAAUGACAGGAUUGUUUGGGUUGCCAACAGAGAUUACGCAUUUGAAACAUCGUCAGCAUUUCUUACCAUUCAGCCUGAUGGUAACAUUGUGAUCAGAGAUGGACGGAUGACAUAUGGGGUGACCGAUGUUUUAAAUAUCAACGAAAGUAUUAGUACCUACGUAACCCUCUUGGACAAAGGAAACUUGGUACUGGUGAACACCUUUAACAAAGCAGUUUUAUGGCAGAGUUUUAAUUACCCCACGGAUACCCUUUUGCCAGGAAUGAACCUAGGACACGAUAUUAACAAAGGAUACACUUGGUCAUUGAGAUCAUGGAAGAGUACAGUUGACCCUUCUCCAGGACCAUAUACACUCCUAUAUAAUUUUGGCUUAUUGAGUCUAUCGGUGAAUAAAGGUUCUAAGGGUUUGCUGAUUGAUGGUAAUUCAAAUAUUUCGAUUCAGAAUGUUUUUUAUCGUGUACAACAAGGACCAAGAGAUGGACCGAAUGUUUUGAAUCCCAAUGUGACACAAAGUUACAACAACUACUUUACAAUUGAUAGCAAUUAUCGGUUGGUAUUGGAAGUGUCUGGGGAUCUUAAAUACGAAGCCUUGUCCGAGGAAUCUAACCGUUGGGUUUUUCAAUCUUCAUCCAAGUGUUCCAUAGACAACUCGUGUGGAAUUUUCUCCAUUUGUAAUAGGGAAGCUAUUGACCCGUGUAAAUGUCUCGAUGGUUUUACACCGUUAGAUGCUGAUUCUUGGAACCAAGGUUACAGAUCAGCUGGAUGUGUCAGGAUAAAAGCCUUGUCCUGCAGCAGCAAUAACAGUAAAGAUAGAUUCUCGAAUAUUUCGGCGGUGGAAUAUCCUCCAUCAUAUUAUGUGUAUCGGGAGGUGUAUGCAGUACCACAAUGUGAGUCUGAUUGCUUCACUGACUGUUCUUGUGUUGCUUAUGCUUAUUAUCUAAACGGUUCAUGCAUGUUCUGGAAUGAUCAAGUACCAACUCUAAGGAAUACCUCAUUUGAUAUUCAAGAUGAUAAAAAUAAACUAAACUUUUUUCUCAGACUUGCUCAAUCAGAUUCUAAUGUAAAGAAUGCAAUUGGAAGACAAUAUGGAAACAGGAAGAGGAAUCUAAUUCCAAUUCUUAUUUUGAUCUCAUUUCUACUAUUUCUUUUACUACUUGGCAUGUUUGUUUACAGAACUAGAAAGCAAAGGAGUAAAGGGGAGGAUUUGCUAAACUUUGAAGUAGGCAUGAGCAUGAAAGUUAAUAAAGACUCUAACAUAGCUGACAAGGGUGUUAAAAUUAAGAAGAAAGAAGUCAAGUUGCCAUUAUUCAGUUUGGUAAGCGUAUCAACGGCAACUAAUAACUUCUCUGAUACAAAUAAACUUGGCGAAGGUGGUUUUGGACCUGUUUAUAAGGGUAUAUUAUCGAAUGGCGGUGAGGUUGCUGUAAAAAGGCUAUCCCGAAGAUCGGGUCAAGGAUGGGAGGAGUUAAGAAAUGAAGCAUUGUUGAUUGCAAAACUCCAACAUAAUAAUCUUGUUAGACUUCUCGGCUGUUGCAUUGAGCAAGAUGAAAAGAUGCUUAUUUAUGAAUUCAUGCCGAAUAAAAGCUUGGAUUGUUUUCUCUUCGAUACAGCGAAAAGAAGGACGUUAGAUUGGGAAACACGUGUUCGAAUAAUUGAAGGGAUCGCCCAAGGACUCCUUUAUCUUCAUCAACAUUCCAGGUUCCGGAUCAUUCACCGAGAUUUAAAAGCUAGCAACAUAUUGUUAGACACCAACAUGAAUCCUAAAAUAUCAGAUUUUGGAAUGGCUAGGAUAUUUAGUGACAAUGAACUUCAAGCAAAUACAAAUCGGAUAGUUGGAACUUAUGGCUACAUGUCCCCUGAAUAUGCUAUGGAAGGUCUUUUCUCAGUUAAAUCUGAUGUGUUUAGCUUUGGGGUCCUUCUGUUAGAGAUUAUAAGUGGCAAGAAGAAUACUGGUUUUUAUCAAACAAACUCUUUCAAUCUUCUUGGAUAUGCUUGGGAUCUAUGGGCCAAUGAUUCCGGAAUGGAGCUGAUUGAUUCAGAAUUGAAUGAUAUCUCUAACAAGCAUUUAGUAGCAAGAUAUGUGAAUAUAGGACUUCUAUGUGUUCAACAAAGUCCACAAGAUAGGCCAACUAUGUCUGAUGUUGUAUCAAUGAUUGGUAAUGACACUACAUCCCUUCCAAGUCCAAAGCCACCAGCAUUUCAAAAUGUGAGAGGUAUUGUUGAAAAUACAAGACUACCUAAAAGCAUAGAAGAAAAAUUUUCUGUGAAUGUUAUCACAGAUUCAAUAGUAGAAGCAAGAUGAGUUUUGGAGUGACUUCACUAGCUGUAAGAAAUUGGAAAUAUUUGUUGGGUCAAUGCUACUGUUUUUUCUUACAUUUAUCUACACCAAUUGUUUUCGACCAAAAAAAAAAAAAAAAAAACCUACACCAAUUGUUUAGUAGAAUCUGUUAAUUAAAAUAAAAUUAGUCAAUUGAUUAAUUAGUCCAACCGAUCAUGAUUUUAUUAAUUUUUUGUAGAAAUUAAAUGAUAUUUUUAAUAUUUGAAUAAUAGUACACCAAUUCAUACUC